AUGAUGGACGAUGAAGAUUUUCCUCGUGGUGGAGUUCGUCCAAAAAAGGCAUUAAAAAGGAAAGAGGAUGAUAAUCUUUUUUCUACUACCACUAAACCAAAACCAAAAAAGGCCAAAAAAGCAAAGAAAUCACAAAGUGAAUCUGAUGAUUCGUUUCACUCAUGUCUUCAAAUAUCUGAAACAUUAUCAUACAGGAGCAUGAAGCCAGAUAUGAUAAUUUUGGCUUGUAUAAAAAAAAUUAAAGAUGUAUCAAUGGAGAUUGAGCUACCAGGACUAACAUUUGGACAGAUUAAAAUUAUUAAUAUAUCUGAUUCAUUUACAAAGUAUUUAACAGAAAACAAUAAUGAGGAGAUCCUUACUUUGCUACCACAGAUGUUUUCAGUUGGCCAAAUGAUACUAAUAAAAAUUUUAAAUAUAGAAAAUAGAGAUCAAGGUACCCAUAUUCAGUGUACUUUAAACCCUAGAGAUAUCAACAGUGGAAAAUUCCAUAAUUCAUUCCCUGAAGGGUUGUUGGUAUGGGCUGCAGUUACAUCUGAACUGGAGCAUGGGUACAGGAUGGACAUUGGUGUUAACAAUUGUAGAGCAUUUUUACCAUUUAAGAAUGUGGAUAAAAACCAAAAAUUACUUAUUGGGCAACCCCUUUGGUGCGUUGUUACCAAAUGUGAUUCAUCAGAGGCUGCUGCUACAAUACAACUGAGUUGUAGAACCGACCGAUUAAAAAAAUGUAAGAUUUUGGACAUUGACAGCUUACAUAAUCUGAUUCCAGGAAUGCAAGUUGAUGUCUUGGUUGAAACAGUUAAACAUACAGGAUUGUAUGGAAAAUUCCUUAACAAUUUUUUCGCGUACAUAGACGAAGGUCAACUUGAGAAGAGCGUGUCUAAAUAUGAAGAAGGCAACUUACUGACAGCAUAUGUGCUAUACACGGACCACAUAACAAAAAUUACAUAUUUAACAAUGUUUGAUAUGGACAAAGUACCUACUCCUAAAUAUAAACAAGGAGAUAUUUUAGUGGGAGAGGUUAUUUCAAAAGCACCUAAAGGCAUCUAUCUUAGCCUACCAUCCAAAGAAAAAUGUUUCGUAACCAACAAACGCCUAUUACUCUGCUUCCCCAAAAAAUAUAAUGACUCUGACUUAAGUGACUCCUUAAAACUAAAGUUUGUAGUUGGAAGCCGACACUCCUGUCGAAUACUAGCCUACAAUAAUAUAACUAGAAGCUACAUAGGAACAAUGGAGCAGAAAAUUAUUCGAGAACAAUAUUUUACUCAUGCUGAUCUAAAACCAGGCCAGUUAGUGGAAGGUGUUAUUGAGGAGAUCGGAGAAAGGGGGUUGGUUGUAAGAGUUGGCCGUGUCAAAUGUUUUGUCCCAAAUUUUUAUCUUUCUAAUGUUGCUUAUACUGAAAAUAUAAAGAAGAAAUUUAAAGAGGGACGUGCUGUAAAAGCUAGGGUGUUGGUCAUCAUCAAGGAAAACGUAAUUUUAACUUUAAAAUCAGAGCAAGUGAUGGACGAUAGAUGUCUCACCGAUUUGGCAAAUGCAAAGAGAGGUGACAGAUAUCCAUGUGUCGUAGUUAAGACUUAUCCUGAAGGUGCCCGAGUUUCGUUUUAUUCUGAUGUUCAGGGAUGGCUCAGCAACAAGUAUUUGGACGAAGAAAAGAAUGAUAAAAAACCGGAUCCUCAACAAUUAUUUUUCAGAGGACAAGUGAUAAAUCCAUGGAUAUUGGGAGCGAACAAAGAUGUCAUUCUGUCCUUGCGACCGCCGAAAGAUUUCGGUUUUUUAAAGAUAGGAGAGAAAAUCGACGGAGUUAUUAGUAAAAUUACUAAAGAUAAUCUUUUUAUUAAGACGCUGAAAGGAAAAUAUGUUGGCGUAGUUCCGGUGAAUCACCUUAGCGAAACAAUAAAUUUAUGUCCUACAUUGAUAAAUACUUAUGCAGUCGGGGAUAAAAUAAACAAUCUAAUGUGCAUCGACAACACUAUUAGCCCUAAUAUAUUGUCCAAAAGGGAAUACUUAGCUAUAACCAGAACGCCGAAGUUUAGAAUAAAGAAAUUAGAUAAAUUGAAAUCGGGGCAUUUGGUGAGGUGCACCUAUGUGUCGCAGAGCAACAAAGGAAUAUACGUCCGCCCAUUAAUUUCGGAUUACCCUGAAAAAGUUCUGAUCAAAAUUGAGGAUCUUUUAGAAGGAAGCGAUCUUCCUAAAUUUGGGCCCAAUCAAGCCAUAGUAGCAAAAGUUAAACAAAUUCAACAAGAUCCAAAAUCAGUUAGUUUGACAGCGAAACUGGCAGAAGUAUUUGAUAACAAAGUUGAGAGUGUAAUAGGAUUGUUUACUCAACAUAUGCAAGACAUUAAGACCAUUAGGACAAUGGGAAAAGAAAAGAAAUGGGACUUGUAUGAAUAUGAACCAGGAGAAACUGUAUUAUGUAUUGUAACAAAGUUAGGAGAAAGUGGUGGAUGCGUUGUGAGACUGCCGAAUGGUUUAAAUGGUUUAGUUCCUGCUGCACUGUGUACAGAUGUAAAAGUAGGGGAUAAACUAUCAGGAGUAUUUUUGACUCAAAAUUUUGACUCAGAAUACGUUGUUGUGAGUCUAAAACCAGAGAUUUCCGAAAGGAUUAACAAACAGCAGGAUGGACUAAUAACGUGUACCAAUCUCUUGUGGUGUAGAUCCGAAAUACUUUUAAUAUGCAAAACUUUUGCCAUAGCUUUGCUUAAACAAACUGGCGGAAACGGACAAUUAGUGUACCUUCCAACGUUUCUCCAUGAAAAUGACUUUAAAGGCAGCUGCACGGAAUAUUACCAGGAGGGAUCAUUAAGGGUUACCUUAUGCGGGCAAUUUGAAAACUACUUAAUAGGAUUGAGUAGGCGACAAUUUCUCUAUCUAAAUAAACACAGCACACCUGAAAAGAAGUAUAGUAUAAAAAAUAAUCAUAUUAAAGAACCAAGCAAAGAACAAAAUACCAUAGACGGUGAUACUGUACAUGAUGUGACUGAAAGUGAAGUAGAAUUCGUAGAAGAGGAAGUAUCUGGGGAAGAGGAGAUCAUGCAUAGUGAGAGUGAGAGUGAUGGUAACUUAGAAGAAUCUGAUGAUGAUCAGGAAGAAGAAGAAUCUGAUGAUGAUCAGGAGGAAGUGGAAUCUGAUGAUGAUCAGGAGGAAGAAGAACGUGAUGACGACGAAAUUAAACAAGAAAUAGAUUCAAUAGAAGAUGAGCUAGAACUGGAAGAUGACUCGGAAGAUGAAGAAUCUUCGAGCGAUGAAGAAACCGAAUCAAAAGGUGAAUCUAUUAAUACAGCAGAUCAUUCGGAUGAACCAGAAGAUGGAUCUGACGAAGAUGUAGAAAUGAACGAAGAAGAUACUAGUGAAACAACAAAUAACGCACGGCCAUCAAAUGUAAAAGUACAAAAUAAAAUGACGAUAAAGAAAUUCUCUUCGAUUGAUUCUAUCACAGGUCCUUUACCUGUUGUCUCUGGUAUGAAUUCAUUCUUUAACGUAGAUGUUAGUGAGGAACAGGAUGUGUCUUCCGAUGAUGAAGUUGAGGAAACAACCGUAAAAAAGAAGAAACUAUCGCCAGCGGAAAGAGCUCAACUGGCUAAGGAGGAAGAAGAACGGUUAAGAAAAAUCGAAAAAGAGUUGGCAGAUCCCACCAAAGCUCCCGAAAGUGCAGAACAUUUCGAUAGGCUUCUCCUUGCCAGCCCAAAUUCAUCCAAAUUAUGGGUGCAAUAUAUGUCAUUCCAUGUAGCUGCUACUGAAUUUGAGAAGGCAAGGGCAGUUGCAAAGCGAGCAUUAGAAAACAUUAACUAUACUUAUGUUGAGGAACGUUUGAACAUCUGGAUAACAUUAUUGAAUUUUGAAAAUACAUAUGGAACUAAAGAAUCAUUUGACAAAGUAUUUGAAGAAGCCGUUAAAUGUAACGAUGAUUUAAAAAUUUACUUAGAAACCAUCCGAAUAUUAGCAGAGUCAGGUAAAAUAGCUGAUAUGGAAGAAAAAAUUAAGAAAGUUAGGAAUAAACACAAGCAGAACUCUCAUAUGUGGACCGAGGUUGCCAAAACGUACUAUCAAUUAAAUAAAUUCAAAGACGCUAGGAAUUUAAAGGAUGCUGCCUUAAAAUCUAUAACGAUCAAGAAAAUACAAUUGGAUAUAAUCGUUCAGUUUGCUCUAAUGGAAUUUAAUUAUGGAGAGCCAGAUUAUGGUUCAGCUAUAUUUGAAACAAUGUUAAGUUCGGAUCCAAAGAAAGUAACGAUUUGGACGAUGUACGUUGACCAAUUAGUUAAAAAAGGAAAGAUCGAUGAAGCUAGGCAAGUUUUGGAUCGUUCAGUUACUCAACAUUUGCCCGUGAAGAGUUUGAAAACUUUAUUUUUGAAAUACAAAGCGUUCGAGGAAACACACGGAAAUCCAGAGACCGUACAGGAAGUGAAAGAAAAAGUGAAGGAGCUCAUGUCGAAAAUAUCAACUAAAUGA